AUGUCAUUCAAUUUUUCAAACUUGACCAAAGACAUCAGAUCUUUUGGUGAUCGAAUCAGCACCGAGUUCAACAAGGAGGUAGUACCAUUGGCCCAAAGAACAUCGAGAUUGGUACAAGAAAGAAUUGGUAAAAUCAACCAAGAUGACAUAUCGCAAUUGCCCUCAGAAUACAUUGACUUGGCUAACAAGUGUAACAACAUUGAACUGUUGUACAAGAAUGUGUUGAAGGUUACCUCCAACUACGAAAACGAAUCGUAUGAUUAUCCCACCAAUUUACAAGAAUCAUUCUCCGAGUUCAGUAACAAUGUCACCACCAGGUUUAGUAACUUGAGUAAAGCAACUACCACUGCCGAGGCGCAAGCAGCUUUGAUUAAUGCCGGAAGCGACGAAUCAAAACCUCCUAAAACGUUGUACCACGCAUUAAGCAGAGCCACCGAUGCUAGUGUGUUAACUAAAGAGACUGAUUCCAACUCAGAUGCGAGCGAUCCUUUGAUUAAAGGUUUGGACUUGUACUCUUCAAACUUGAACAAGAUUGCGAACGCAAGAUUGGGACAAGACCAAUUGAUCAAACUGAAAUUCAACAAACCAUUGACCACGACAUUGCGUUCAUUGAUAUCCCAAUCCAACAAGAUUCAAAAGAAGGUUGAGGAGAAGAGGAUUGAUUAUGAUUUGAGUAGAUAUAAUUUGACCAAUUGUACAAACCCGGCAAAAGAAUCGAAAUUGAGGGUUGAUAUGGAAAAUGCCGAGGAUGACUUUGCCAAUACAGUUGAAGAUGCAAUCAACAUCAUGCAGAAUGUGAUUGAGAAUGCCAAGCCCUUGCAAGAAUUUUUGGAACUCAUCAAGGCCCAGUUGGCUUACCACAAGUUGGCCAGUGAACUCUUGGGUGGAAUGGUUGGGGACUACGAGGGAUUGAUUGAACAACAACAAAAGUUGAACGAAGGCGCAAAGGAUAAGAAUGAAAGAGAAGGAGGCGAUUUUGAUAUUUAA